GCUGGAACUUGCAGUCUUUUUCGUGGUCAUGAAGAAGCCCUAUGAGGAGCUCUUUCUCACGGGUGACACUUCGCAGACGGUGUCGCGAGCCGUCGAGUUUCGUUUCUGUGAUCUGCAGUCCCUUUUCCAUCAUUUCAAUCGAAGUGAGAAAGUACCAGAGUUGGAUCAGCUGCUGAUCAACUUCCGCAGCCACCAGAAGAUCCUCGCGCUUUCCCACCGUGGCGUCGUGCAACCAUUGGAACUGGCAUUCCCGCAUGCCAUCGAUAAGCUGGCCGCCGACACGGGCCACCGUGAUGGUGUGCUGCCGGUCAUCGUCAAGGACGUGGCCCUGGAGGAUGCGCGCUGCACAAGAAAGUACUCGUAG